AACGAAGUGCGAAUAUUGCCGGAAGAAAAUAUAGCUGAGCGAGUACGAGCUAUGAAGGCCGCUUGGGAAGAACUUGAACCCGGACGGGCAAAAAGAGCUGCCCUUUCACGUGAGAAAUACCUUCGAGCGAUUGCUAUAAAUAUGGAAACCAGCAAUGUUGAAAAAACCCUGCUACAAUCUUUCGAUCCCGUUGGUAAA